GUGUUUUCUUGCCUGAGAACAAGGGCCUGUUCUUCUAGUCUUUAUAACAAAAUAGUGAGACUCUGUGGAAAAAAAUACAGCAGUUGGUAAAUGUUCUAAACGAAGCAUUGCCAGUACAUCAUAAACUCCGAGUGCUUCUGACUUCACCUGUGAUUGGAGUCUUGCUUUGUAACCCAAGCUGGAGUUCAGUGGUGCAAUCUCAGCUCAUUGCGAACUCUGCCUCCUGGAUUCAAGUGAUUCUCCCGCCUCAGUCUCCAGAGUAGCUGGGAUUACAGGCACGUGCCACCAGUCCUGGCUAAUUUUUGUAUUUUUAGUAGAGACAGCGUUUCACCAUGCUGGCCAGGCUGGUCUCAAACUCCUGACCCCAAGUGAUUCACCUGCCUCUCAGCCUUCUAAAGUGCUGGGAUUACAGGUGUGAGCCACUGUGCCUGUCCUCAUGAUGAGAGCCUUCUCCAAAAGCCUUGGUUGGCUUUUCUUGUUGAAAGCUGAACUGAUUGGAGGCUCUGUGUAUAUCUGAGAGGCUCACAGAUAGGUCUGCAUUCUUGAAGAGCAAUAAAAUGACCAGCUCGACAUUUUUUAAAAGCAGCUUUAUUGAGAUACCACUCACAUACCCUACAAUUCACCCAUUUAAAAUGUAUAAUUCAAUGACUUUUCACAUAUUCACAGAAUUGUGCAUCCACAACCAUGAUUAACUUUAGAACAUUUUUAUUAAAAUAAAAAAACCUCAUCCCUUAGCCUUUACCUUCCAAUCCCUUCCAUCCCACGCUCCUCAACCCUAGGCAACAACUAGUCUACUUUUUCUUUACAUAGAUUUGCCUUUUCUGGAUAUGUCACCUAAAUGGAAUUGUGCAGUAUGUGGUAUUUUGCACCUGGCUUCUGUUACUUAGAAUGUUUUCAAGGUUAAUUCAUGUCAUAGCAUGUAUCAACACUUCAUUUCUUUAUACUGCUAAAUAAUAUUAUGUUGUAUGGGCAUACAAUUUUACUUUUCCAUCUACCAAUUCGUGGGUGUUUACGUUGUUUCCACUUUCUGGCUAUUAUUAAUAAUGUCAUUAUAAAUAUUUGUGUAUAGGCAUGUGUUUUCAUUUCUCUUUGGUGUAUACCUAGGAGUGGAAUUGUCACAUCAUAUGGAAAUUACAUGUUUAACUGUUAAAAAAAUGCCAGACUCUUUUCCAAAGUGGAAGCACCAUUUUACAGUCCCACCAGCAGUGUAUGGGGGUUCUGAGUUCUCCACAUCCUUUGCACACUUGUUAUAAUAAUAACAGUAUGUCUUAACAGAUACAUCUUUUUGAUUAGAACCAUUCUAGUGAAAUCUAUCUCACUCUGGUUUUGAUUUGCAUUUUUCUGAUGGCUUAGCCUUUUUCUGUAAGCCUCCCAACAAUACAUAUCUAUUGAUCUUUUUUUCUGAGGCAAUUCCAUUUUUCUGUCUGAAAGGUAUCUCCCAGUUAUAGCUAGCAGGAAGAAAGAGGUGGAUGUGAGAGAGUUAUCUCUGUUCAAUAUGCUGAUUUUCCCUUAGUUUCCUGUACUACAAACACCACUAUCUUCCUCUGUGUCUAGUGGUUCCAAAUCUACAGCUUCUCUUGUUCUCCAGUAAAUAGAGUUCUUGCCUUUUGGAGGAGUGAGGCAAGAUGGUCACCUGUCUGAAUAUGUGGGAACCUGGAUAUCUAACUUCUUCUUUAGGUAUUUAACAAUUUCCUUGUUUUUGGCUCUCACCUCACCAUACCUAGCUAUAUGCCAUCUUCAAUGGUAUCUGGAGUCUCAAUUUCUUAAACUGCUUAAGGCAAGUCUAUCUGAUCAUUUAAAGGUUUAAACAUUUUAUUAAGAAAUAUUUCGGAAGCAUCCCAGCAACCCGCCCAUGGCCAGUCUUCCCUGGACACCAUGAACCACACCGUCCAAAUCUUCUUCACUCCCUCCAGCAAUGACCGUCCCCCGAACUAUGAGAUGCUGAAGGAGGAAUAUGAGGUGGCUGCGCUGGGGGCACCCCACAGCCCUGUGCCCCUGACAUCCACCGUGAUCCACAUCCAAAGUGAGACCUCCGUGCCCGACCACGGUCUGGUCCCUGUUCAACACCCUCUUCAUGAAUCCUGCUUCCUGGGCUUCAUAGCGUUUUCUCACUCCGUGAAGUCUAGGGACAGGAAGAUGGUUGGCGACCUGACCGGGGCCCGGGCCUACCUCCACCGCCAAGUGCCUGAACAUCUGGGCCCUGAUUUUGGGUAUUAUCAUGACCAUUCUGCUGAUCAUCAUCCCAAUACUGAUUCUGCAAGCCUAUCAGUAGAUCAGAAAUCAUCCUGUCCAGGGGCUCUGCCCGUGACCUGUCUCCCACGUACUCCAGCUUCCAUUCCUUGCCCUGCCCCCAGCUGAUCCUGUAUCAGCCCUUUACCCUCACACACUUUUCUACAAUUGUGUUCAAUAAAGUGCACGUGUUCCUGGAAAAAAAAAGAAAUAUUUCAAAUGUUCACAAACAUAUCUGGAAUAAAUAGAACAGAAAACCUUGUAUUCAUCAUGCAGAAUCAGCAUGUUUCCACAUUUGUAUUAUGUAUAUGAUUUCCCUCCCACUUGCUUUUUUUGGUACUUGCAUUUUCCAUUCGCCCCACCCCCAGCCCAGGCACUUGGAUUAGACCAAUUCUCCAUCUACUUUCUGUUUUGUUGGGGGUUACUAAUCAAGCUUCUUCUUUUUUUUUUUUUUUUUGAGAUGGAGUCUUACUCUGUCGCCCAGGCUGGAGUGCAGUGAUGCCAUCUUGGCUCACUGAAAUCUCUGCCUCCCGGAUUCAAAUGAUUCUCCUGCCUUAGUCUCCUGAGUAGCUGGGAUUAUAGGCACACCACCAUGCCUGGCUAAUUUUUGUAUUUUUAGUAGAGACAGGGUUUCACCACAUUGGUCAGGCUGGUCUCGAACUCCUAACUUUAAGCAAUCCACCCACCUCAGCCUCCCAAAGUGCUGGGAUUACAGGCGUGAGCCAUGGCACUCAGCCACUCUUCUUUUUUUAAGGUUGGAGGAACAAGUUUCUCUUUGUUCUAAUAUUUUUGGAGUGUUCUUCUGAGAAAAAAAAAAAAAGAAUAAAAAUACAGCUUUGUUCUGCUCUCUUGAA